AUGGCCUUUCUCUCCUUUUUUCAGCUCGUGGCCCUAUCCAUUCUUUUCUUGCAGGCCCAAUACAGUAGUGCUGCUCUUUUGAAUCGAGGCAUCUGCGCAACGGAAGACCCCGAUGAAUCUCUCCUGGGCGAGUUACAGCGUUUGAAGUCGAAUGAAGCGCAGUCCGAUCCCACGGCCGAGGGUCGGUUGUUGCCCAUCGAAAUAGACACCUGGUUUCAUAUCAUCAGGAGCGAGGCAGAGACUGAUCAGGUCUCACAAGAGAUGGUUGCUGCUCAGCUUUCGAUCCUGCAAUAUGCUUAUAUGAAUACAACCAUCUCAUAUCGAUUGCAAGGCGUGACUUGGCACGUUAACGACACUUGGGCCCGUAAUGAGGAUGAGUUGGGCAUGAAGCGGGCCCUCCGACAAGGCAGUUAUCAGACCCUGAACGUCUAUUUCCAAACCGAUCUCGAAAUGCCUCCUGGGGAGCAGGCUGGGCGAGCCACUGAACACCGUGGGAACAGUGUGUCGAGCGAUAUGUCAUCCAGCGUCCUGGGGUUCUGUACCUUGCCCGACCCCAGUAUCAAUAUCAGGAGCGCCUAUGCAGACUAUGUCAAAGAUGGUUGCAACAUCCUGGCUAAAACGAUGCCUGGUGGCUCACUGGACUUGUACAAUCGGGGCGGGACUGCUAUUCACGAGAUUGGGCACUGGAAUGGUCUUCUGCACACCUUCCAGGGGGAGUCGUGCUCGCCAGACAACGCAGGCGACUAUAUCGGUGACACGCCUCAGCAAUCCACUCCUACUGAUGGCUGUCCGGCUCGCAAAGAUUCUUGCCCUGAUUCGCCCGGCCUGGAUGCAAUCCAUGAUUUUAUGGAUUACUCGUCCGACGUGUGCUACGAAAGUUUCACCCCUGGCCAAGGGAAACGGAUGCGAAGCAUGUGGGCGGUCAUGCGCGCUGGCAAAUGA